AUGACUGAGAGUUGCAACAACAACAUGGACGCCGCGACAGGAACAGGAGGAAGCGGAAAGCUUACACCGCACUCUGUCACACCCGUGCCAAGUGAGAUCGAGGACUUCAUGCAGCAACUCAAGUCCGACCGACUCAUCAAGAUCUUCAUCGGCGACGGCAUUGAACAGCAGCAGUUGCUGGUUCAGGAGAGCGUCCUGACUGGGAGAUCUGAGUACUUCCAGAAGGCAAUCAAGCAUGAGGGACAUAUGGGCACUCAAGCACCUGGAGUCCUUCGCUUUCCGGAAGAUGGACACUUGAUCGCUGCUUGGGGCAUGAUGCUGCAUUGGAUCAUCCAUCAGCGACUGCUUACGGAGGAGGUGAUAUGGCACGAAGAUAUCACGCUCUUAGUCGAGUUUUGGGCUCUUGGAGACAGACUACUACUACGGGACUUUCAGAAUGCGGUAAUGAUGCAGCUUCUCAAGUACUUCGCUAAGGACUGGCUGCCGUUCGACAGUCCUGAGCUGGUCAACUACAUUUUACGCAUCAGUCCGGCCGACACUCCGCUUCGAAGAUUAUUAGCCGAAGAGACGGUCUCCAUCAUUUAUUCAAAGGACCUUACUGCAGAGGAACGUCUGAGCCCUAACCAACUCACUGGAAUCGAAGGCGUCGCCGGCAUCACAGGAUCGCUGCUUGAUGCGCUCGAAGCAUUCACAGAGGACCCCAAUAUCUGCAAGCGAAUCGAUCGGGAUGACAAGGAAUACUACAGGACGGAGUGUGGGACACUUGGCGCUGGUACUUGUCUAAGGAGAUGGACAGUCGAUAAAGAGAAGCGGCAUUCAGGAUCGAAGGCAGUGGCAUUGGAGCUCCCAGGUUAG